AUGGCAGAAUCUCGCAAACCCUACGACCCGGUCGAGGCUAUCGAGCCACACAUCCUAGCCAAGCUGGACCCGGAAUUCGUCGCGCGAUGGACGGAGCUGAUGAACAGCAUCCCGGACCCGGCACGCGUGGUCACCAUCGAGGAGAUCCGCGCCGACCCGCGGGUCCUGGCCCCGCCGUGCGCGCUGGACACCAAGGGCCGCCCGAGGACGGCCGACAGGGAGGUCACGUCCGAGGACGGGGCCAGCAUCCCGGUCCGGGUCUACUACCCGGACGAAGCCAAGCACGGGCCCGGCCCUUACCCGGCCCACCUCAACUUCCACGGCGGCGGGUUCGUGCUCGGAAACCUGUCCAACGAGUCGACGCUGUGUCUGAGCAUGUGCGAGGGCGCCGGUGUCGUCGUCGUGGACGUCGACUACCGCCAUUGCCCCGAGACAGUCUGGGGCAAAUGCUUCCAGGACGCGUGGGCCGCGCUGAAGUGGGUUCAGGCGGGGGCGGGGGCGUUCAACAUCAGGGCGGACUCUAUUUCCUUGGGCGGGCUCUCGGCCGGCGGGCAUAUCAGCAUCGUCCUGCAGCAUCUCGCCCGCGACGCCGGCAUCCCCCUCAAGCUUGUCAUGGCCACCGUGCCGCCGUCCGUGGAGGGCCUGUUCUACAGGUACUACACCGACUCGCCGUUCCCGUCGUUCCACGAGUUCUACCGCGGACCCGUCCUGGCGUUCUCGCGCAUAAAGUGGUUUGGCAGUUUUACGGCCCCGGAGGAGAAGCAGGAUGAGUUGAGAAAGAUGUGGCCCAAGUGGUGGUUUGCGCCGCUCAACGCGCCAGAUUUCAAGGGCCUCUGUCCUACCCUGGUACGGACAGCUGAGUGCGAUCCUUUACGGGAUGAGGGUGAGGCGUAUGCCAUGAAGCUUGUCGCUGGGGGAAACAAGGUCACGAUGAAGAGGUAUCUGGGUGCCCCUCACACAUUCAUGUAUAUGGACUUCAUGAAACAGAAGCAACAGUACGACGUUGACUCGAUUGAUGCCUUGAAGGAGGCACAUGGGAUAAAAUAG